AUGACGAACGUUAGGCCCAACAUCCUCUUUAUCAUGGCUGAUGACCAUGCCUCCAAAGCCAUCAGCGCUUACGGAGCUGGCAUCAACCACACUCCAAAUAUUGACCGGCUCGCAGCGGAGGGAAUGAAGUUCAACCACUGUUAUGUCACCAACUCCAUUUGCACUCCGUCCCGCGCUGCCAUUCUCACGGGUACCCACAACCAUGUCAACGGCGUCAUGACGCUGAACGACAACAUCAACAAGCACUUGCCAAACGUCGCGAAGCACAUGCGUACCGGCGGGUACAGGACGGCAAUGGUCGGCAAGUGGCACUUGUGCGAAGGCAGACCACACGAGCCCACCGGCUUCGACUACUGGUCUGUCCUCCCCGGGCAGGGCGAUUACUGGGACCCCGAGUUCAUUGAGCCAGCGGGAGAAAAGGUUGAAGAUGGCUACGUUACAGAUAUCAUCACCGACAAGUGUCUCGACUGGAUCUCCAAGACAAAAAACACCGACAAGCCCUUCUUCCUCAUGUGCCACCACAAGGCUCCGCACCGCUCGUGGGAGUGCGACGAGAAGCACAAGGACCUAUACAAAGACCCGAUACGCGUUCCCGAGACAUACGAUGACGACUACAAGAACCGCGCAAAGGCUGCAAAGGUUGCAAAGAUGCGUGUUGCAGGAGAUAUGACGUACCAGGACCUGGGCCUUGUGCAGCCAGACGGUGGUAACAAGGUCGGCGAGCGUGUCGUUCAGGAGGCGGGCUCUGCGCAGCGCAAGAUUCCUGUUGAUGCCAAGAGACUGAUCGAUAAGGAAGAUGGGACAGUGUUCACCUUUAAGAGCCAGGACGACCUUGCUCAUUUCAAGUUCCAGAGGUACAUGCAGCGAUACCUGCGAACCAUCCAGUCUGUCGACGACAAUGUCGGGCGAAUGCUUGACUACCUCGAAGAAAACGGGCUUGCGGAGAACACCAUUGUGAUCUACACCUCAGACCAGGGCUUCUUCCUUGGUGAGCACGGAUGGUUCGACAAGCGAUUCAUGUACGAGGAAUCUUUCCAGAUGCCCUUCCUCAUUCGAUACCCGGCGGGAAUUGCCAAAGGCUCUGUUUGCGACGACAUCAUCUGCAAUGUCGAUUUUGCGCCUACCUUUCUCGAUUUCGCAAACCUUCAUAUCCCAAGCUACAUGCAAGGCGAAUCUUUCCGGCAGUUACUGGAGGGGAACACACCAGCAGAUUGGCAGCAGAUUGCCUACCACCGGUACUGGAUGCACAAUGAUAUUAUCCACCACGCCUAUGCGCAUUAUGGCGUGAGAGACCAGCGAUACAAACUCAUCUACUGGUACAACGAGCCGUUAGAGGUUAGUGGCGCCAGGCCGGGCGGGGAGAGGGAUAAGGAGUGGGAGUUGUUCGAUUGCGAGAAGGAUCCAUUGGAGCUGUUCAAUGUUUACCAGGACCCAGCUUACGCCGAGAAAGCGAAGCACAUGACGAGAUUGCUAGAGUUGAAGAUGGAACAAAUCGGCGAUGAGCCAGUUCAUCCCAGAGGUGUUGAUACUGGCGGAUCAGGGUCAUAUUUCGAUGAUAGUCUCUGGAUAUGCACGAUCAAGACUUCAAUAGUUGUCGUAUCGGAUGACUUGAAUCGAAAGUCAAUUAUUAGAACCUCGCAGUGGCAUGUUGGAGAAUCAUGGUGGAGAGGUGGAUUCGAUCUCCCAGCAAGGGUUCGUGAAGUGAACAGGGAUAAACCGCUCGCCAACUCCCAUAAUUGGCUCACCAAGGCCCAUUCCUGGAUGUCGUUACCCUAUCCACUCCUCGCAAACCCGGUUCCGAGGACGAGGAAACAGACUUCGAGUGAGAAGGCGGAAUCCAAACCUUUCCUAUCGUCCAUCCAUCCCCCGAAAUCCAUCCCGCCGGCUUGCUCAAACGACUCCUCCGACAUAUCAUGCUUGCUCAAGCUCCAGCUUCCAUGGCAUAGAAUUAUUAUCAACUUCUAUUACGAGGUCGACAAUGAAGUGCCAGGAUGCCAAAGUUUCAACAACAACAUGAUGGACUCUUUCGUUGGCUGCUUUCAAGCUGGCCCAAGCACGACGCGUCAGACUUGUUCUCAAUGCCGGUGGCGCAAGGUCAAGUGCGAAGGUGGCAGUGAACUGCGUUGCGGCACGUGUGCUCGUCUUGGGCUGGAUUGUUCGCUUGCCGCCAUCGAGGAAGUUGGACCAGAUUUUCACUUUGGCAAGCAACAACUGGUCUCCACCAAGCCGCGACGCCUCAGAGGCACCCGGGCGUGUAAAGCUUGUCGAGAAAAGAAAGUCCGCUGCUCCGGCACAUCACCGCGAUGCACAAACUGCGCGCGCCAUGCUAGAGAGUGCACAUACCCGACGCCGGCACGAAGUGCGAGGGCAUCUUCCCCGCAGAGCACCUCUACCGAGGGAGACGAGUCCUGCGGAGUCGAAGUCGGCCAAUUCCUCCCCGGCGCCGUGGAAAGCUUCUUCGAGAAGGUUUACCCUCUUCCAUCCCACGCAUUUCUGCACCCCGAGACGACCAGGGAGCGUUGUCGAGAGGGGAGGAUUGACUCAGCCCUGGCACACGCCAUCUGUGCUUUGGCGACCCUUCACUGUGGUUCGGAUCUUCAGACUCGCGACAGAGCUACGCCGUGGGUUCAGACGGCGGAACAAAAGAUAUGGCAGCACCUCGAGAGCCCUACCAUACCGCGUUUGCAGGCCCUGCUGCUCGUGAUUCACUAUCAAAUGGAGACUGGAAAGUUCCAGAGAGCGUUCAUGCUGACGGCUACUGCAGCUAGGUUUGCAGCUGCGAUGCGACUGAACCAUGAGAGGCCUGAUCUCGACUUUGUCGCGCAGGAAGUACGCCGUAGGAUCAUGUGGUCGCUGAAGAUUACUGAAAGGUACUUUUCAGUUGGCUUGCCCGAAUUUGAAGCUUGUCCUAUCGAAACGAUUUACCUGCAAUACCCCUCAGAUGAGAAUGAUUUCAGCAAUGAUGGAGAUUGUGGUGAUGGGGCCUCCUAUAGACUCUACGUGAGACUGGAAAUAACUCGGAGGGACAUUAUGAAGUUGACAAGAGGAGUGACACUUUGCGACCAGCCUUUCUUGCCUUUGACGAAACUCAUCGGCGACUUCGAAAGCGACCUGGGCGAGAUCGGAUCGCUGUUGCCAGACGGAACGAACUUUUCUAUGGUCAAUAUCGGAGCCCUUGAAGGCGACCGAUGGCUGCGGAGACGGCUAUUCAUGCACAUUUCAUUCCACCAAGCCCAUUGCGACCUGUACCGAAUCCUGCUUUCAGGAUAUCCCGAAGCAGCACCUCGCGUGGUUCUCGAGGCAGUAGACAUGGACUACAUCACCAUGGCAGAACAAAACUGCCUUAAACAUGCCACCGCCAUCAUUCAGAUCUUGACCAGCCUCAACCAACACAGCACAGAACUUCUGCUUCUCGAAUUCGACACGGCUAUUUGCGCCUACCACGCCACGAGGCUCUUGCUUUUCAUAGCCCGAGCACAAAGAACGCCGGGCUGUCCCUCACCAGAGUUUGCCUUGAGCCGCGCGGCUUUGUGUCUGGCUGCGCUUCAGCGUUUCUUUCCUUCCUCCGCACUGGUCAAGCCCAUCAUCGACGAUAUGGAGCGACUUUCCCGGGGCCAUGCACCUCAAGAAGCCGGGAUAGGCGGGCUAUCGUCGCCAGAGUUUCAAGAAGGAAGACGGAAUCUAGAACAGCGACUUUCAGAGGUAGCAAAAGCGAGACAGAGGCUGGCAAUUCACAGUCUGCUGAGACAAGCCGACUUUACCGACGAGGAUGAGGGAGACGAUUACUCUUCUUCCAUAGUCGGACAGUGGCGGCAGCAGGUCCGGGAUGCGUACCCCGCGAAAGAGCAGAGUUCCUACGUCCGCACAACAAACAUAUUAACCGAGUAUGAACUUGUGGCUCUUGUUACCAUUCCUGAGUAUGAAAACUCUCUGUUUCUCGUCCAGGUGCGCAAUAUGAUGGAACCCAGUAGAGUGGAAAGCGACAUCCAAGCCACCAAGAAGGCGGUUCGUGGAGCUGAAAUAGACGUUUCAGUCCGGCCUCACGGCGUUCCCGUUCUCUGGGUUGACAAGAACGUACAUGUCAGGCGCCGACUCAUGUCCCCUGUUGACAUGACUCAACAACAAGGCAAACACGAUGAUGGCUCGGAGGAACAGGUCAAGAACAACAUAAAUUUCGAGAUGGCGGGCAAGCAGAAAGAGAUAAAUAUCGUUGAAAGUCCGCCAAGAUGCAAAAUGAAGUUCUCCGCCGUCAUCCUCUUUGUUGCUUCAGUCGCCGCCGUUGCUCUCGAUACCGAUGUCCCUCCUGCGCUCAGCCAGCCUGGUCGCCGUGGUGUUGACUGCGGGGCUUGCGACAGACUGAACUUCUGCCCUGGCAAGCCCAACAACAAUGUCGAGUGCGAGCUUGACGGCUGCUGCAAGAAACAGCGCGCUUCGGAUACCCAUCACGGUUGCCGUAUUUCUAACAUGUGGGAACUUGGUGAAGUCAACGUUCAGAUGAUCAAAGGUCUUAGCAACCUGAUCUCAACUACCUUACCUUACCCAAUACAACUGUUCAACCAAUUUAUUUGCCAACUCUGA